GGAACUCUCCCACAGCUAGGCUCUGAGAUGAGUAAUGGGUUCUGAGGAUAGAGCCACGCGAGCUUCCUCCCGUUCUGCGUCCCUGCGACGUAUGGGCACUGCCGGGGGCUAUGACCUGUAACCAAAGAAGAGGGAAAAUGCGAGAUAAGCAGUAGCUGGACCAUGAUAACCAGGGAUGCAGGUAUGGCUGUUGAUUUGCUUCGUGUUCACAGAAUCCUCUCCACCCUGUUGGAGACAAAGGGGAUAACCGCCACGAGAUAUAUAGAAGGUAGAGGUAAUACCCAGAAAACAACUGAAUUGUUGCUGGAAGCUGGUGAGCAAGAGAUUUUACGCACCUGGGAAGACCCAAUGGUCGAGGAGUGCAAACAUGAUAGCAAGGACUCGAUUCGGAGAACAAUCGUGGAGCAUGAUAAGGUCUUCAGGCAGCAGGUACUGCAUGAGCUGCAUCGUUUGUACCAUGUACAAAAAACAUUAAUGGUUGAAUGCGAUAGCCAUAGGUAUCAACCGAGAGCAGAAGGAACUCAUGAAGUGGUGCAGGGAUCAAGGUCGAACCUCAAGUGCAGUCCUUCUACCUCAGGGACAAACCAAUCUGCUCUCCAUGGUAAUGCACAAUACCAAGCUCCGCAGCAAGUACAUGAGAAUAUAUAUUGUUCAUUUUUAAAAAAGCUCCUUAUAAACCAUGAACCGCUGGAUAUGGUUUUGGAGAUAAAAACUGUUCGGUUGCCGAGCAAAUUUCUCACGCGUCAUGGUAAGAGUCCAGUCGGUCACCUCCGCGUCGACCGCAGCGCGGCCCGCGGGCAGAUCAUGUUACGUUACCGCGUGCGCUGCCUAGGACCCCACCCCACCACCAAAAACCACGCGCCGCGGCGGCGGCAGCGCCAGUGA